AUGAUAGAAGAAGGCUCAGCCCGUUUUCACCCGAAACCAGGAAGGAGGUCCGGUGGACCGCGUCAACCUGAACGUCGUAUUAAAGCCAAACGGCUGCAGUACAAUAGGAUUCAUCCGUCCUCUUCUGACAGAGGCCCCAAGUUAAUUGUAUUUAAGGCAGUUUCUGGAACAGAUUUUUCGUUGUUCUGGUGCUUGGUCCUUACGAAACAUUGUAGAACCAUCCCGCACCAGCCCAAUCUACAGUCACCCGAAAGAGUCAUAGCGUCGAGCUGCAUCCAGGCCCCAUCGGCCGGACAGAGUGAGGGUAGCAAGUUGAUGCGGGAGAGUCAGAAGGGCAGACAACCGGACUCUUGGCAGGACGUGUGUGAGACGAGUUUUGACAAGAGGCUCUCAGGCAAAUUCGCAUGUUCCACAGGUCGAAGUUGGCGACCUACUCCGUCCCGGUCUAAUCACAGCCCUGAGCACGUCCACCUACAUGGUCGGCAGAACAGCAGAGGCAUGAGAACAGGCACUCAGAGGAAACACACCACAAGUUUGGCCAGCUUUCUGAAUGACCCGCAAGCAGGCUCGAUGACAGUUGCCGGCUGCAAAAAGCCUGUUGAACACUCUCUUGAUGCCCAGGCUAUAGCAACCAAUUUCGGGCAGGCAAUGCAGAAAGUCAAUCUUGCGAGUAUAUGUCACAUUUUGCCAGUUGCCAAAUCAGUUGAGGACCGAUUUGGCGGCUGCGUCUGUGGGAUAAAUCGGUUUUAA